AUUGGUCAACGCGUGUUCUGCCCAAUGUUUGUAAAUUGUAGUCAGGAGACGCUGCUGUGUAGAUCUCAGCGCGCAAAUGUAUUUUCUAAUGUUGAUAAACCUUCCUGGCUUGGAUUUUAUUUAAAAGUUACCGGUCUUUAGAGGGAGAAAGAGCGGGUUAGGACAGCGUUUGGCGACGUUGUGGAUCUCAAAGAACCGAACAAGGCACAAAGAAAGACUAUAAUGGUCCUUAGUCAGAUGGAUGCAGGUAAAGCGUUGACGGCGGCGGCAGCCAAAGGGAACACCAGCGAAGUGCAGAGGAUCCUGGAGGAGUGCAGGGUGCAUCCUGACACUGUCAAUGAAUUUGGCAGGACUGCGCUACAGGUAAUGAUGAUGGGGAAUUCCAAGAUCGCCAGUUUGCUGUUGGAAAAAGGAGCAGACCCCAACAUCCAAGACAAACACGGGAUAGCGCCGGUCCAUGACGCAGCCCGUACAGGAUUCCUCGACACUCUGCAGGUUCUGGUGGAGUACGGCGCUUCAGUAAACAUCCCGGACCAGAGCGGCGCCUUGCCUAUCCACAUUGCCAUCCGGGAAGGCCACCGGGAUGUUGUGGAGUUCUUGGCACCCCGGUCCGACCUGAAGCACGCCAACGUCAGCGGUCAGACGGCGAUAGACGUGGCCCGAGCUUCAUGCGUGCCUGAUAUGAUUGACUUGCUUUUCGCCCACAUUCAUAGUUAGUCAGAGUUCUGGGUGACCUGAACCUCACACUUUUUGCUUCAAACCUGGUGACUUGAAUUCAUUGCUGUGUAAAGGAUUAUUUUUUUUGUUAAUAGUGGCUCAGCAUUAAUAUGUGAUACAGGACAUAUUGUCUUGGCAGCUUAUUGUCAGUGGAUGGGUGGCUAUAUACAGUAGACACCUCUUUUGCACAGUGCAAUUUAGGCACCUUUAUAUACAAAUAUAUAUAUCUGUUUCCCUAUUAAUUGGGAGUGCACAUUUGUAGAUAGUUCCCCCCAGUGUUUUGUAAUUAUUUCCAUUGUGUAAGAAUUGUAACAGUUGAUUCAUUGUAUGUGUUUUUUUUUUUACAUUUUAUUUUACCAAACUUGAAGUGGUGCACCCUGAUUGCUUUGCAUAGUUGUGUUUCUCUUAAGUAGAUGUACUUAGAAUUUACUCUUAUUUAUUGUUGGAAUAGGACUGAAUAUUCCUGUGACUUUGUAAAUAGCAACAUUUAUCGUGAUUUGUUGAAAUGUUAUUUAUACAGAUACUUUUAAAACAAAAGUGAAAUUAUUCACUUUACUAUUUGAAGAUGAAAGCACAAAAUAAAGUGUUGAACUUGAA